AUGCCUUCAACUGAAAUUGGUAAUAAAUUUUUUUUAAAAGUUUUCUUAGAAAAAAUUUUAAAAAUUUGUUUUUAUUUUAAAGAAAUCACUAACAAGUCGACUAACAUAAAUUCUUCAAAUGCUGGGGGUAUUCAAAGUGAAAAAAUUGAAGGUAAACAAAUUGUGAUGGAUAAAAAGACUAACACAGAACCGACAUCUAUUUAUCCAUACCCUUAUGGAUCUUGGCCAUAUUGA